AUGCAUCCAACCAUCCUAGGCUUACUAGGCCUAACCACCCUAGCAACAGCCCGCUACGCCAUCAACCUCCCCCCAACACUCUACACCGGCCCCAUAGCCGCCGACUACAUCACGCCCUCCCUCGACCAGUCCGACCUAGACAGCCCCAAGCUCUCGCACGCCAACGCCUCCACCUUCGACUGGUGGCACUUCGACGCAAUCGGGAUCGAAAACCCCAACGCCACUGCCGCGAUCACCUUUUCCAACGCCGGACCGGACGGAUAUCCGCUCGACAUCCCGGGCAACCUGACCCAACCCCCUACUGUACCUGGACCGGGCGGGAAUGCGACCACUGUGGCUGGACACGCCCUCUGGGCGCAUAUCUGGGUGACCUUUGAAGACGGCCGGCGGUUUAGUCAUGUGCAGGCCGUGGAGAGUGCGCGGAUGCAUGGCAGUGGGGAUUCCAGCGUGGCGAUUUGGCAUGGCGCUGGUGGGUGGAUGGGCAGUGAGGAGGGGUAUGAGGUUGAGUUUGCGGUUGGGGAUGGUGCAUCGGGCGUUAAUGUUACUGGGGGGAUUAGUAUGGAGAGGAUAACGUCCUCUCAUUCCCGCUGCUCAACGGCCUCGGAGUUCAGCCAUGCGCUGGAAAUCGGAGACGCGGGGCUUGGCUGGGUGGCUGUUAUGCCGGAUGCGAUUGCCAGGGUGGAUGUCACUGUGAAUGGCGAGAGACUGAGGUUCGAGGGGUAUGGGUAUCAUGACAAGGUCUGGUCAUCUCGCCCGUUCACCUCGUCGACGAAAUCACUGCAGCGCGGACGAGCCCAUCUAGGACUCUACUCGGUUCUCUGGCUGUCGUAUGCCAGCGAAAGCAACCCGGGCCAGGAGGUGGUGAGUUCGUUCCUGGCGCGGGACGGGGAGUCUGUGAAUGCUGGGUGUGCGGAUGGGUCUGUGGCGAUUGUUGCUGGACAAGAACAGACGGAGGGAGGACUGGUCAGUGGGUUCCAGGUCGGGAUUCCGGGGGCGCAGGUGAGUGUAGCGACUGACAUUGAGGACCGAGGAGGACGAGGAGCGCAUGUGAGGUGGAAUGGGAGGGCGAGGGGAAUGCUUGAAGGUGUUGACGAGGAGGGAGUGGCCAUUUUCGAGCGGUUUGAGUAUUGA